GACCCAGUACAGCGUUCAGCCGACCUCUUGCCACCUUCAGGAGGUGCGCGACGCAUAUUCAGUACGUCGCGACGCGGUCACAAAGUACGCCACCGUUACUGCGUAUAAAAUUUACCUAACACUGAUGUGCGUAAUCCUUAUUUUGAUAGCUCCCGUUAUCGUAUGCUUCUUGUCGUGUGUUGAGUAUGAAUGGCUUCGGCAAAGGUCAGGCCACAAUCUUAUCAUUCGCUCUUUAAAUAUUUAUGCUGUAGACCAGGAGAAGUCAGUUAACACUGAGCAUCUAACGAAUAGACUGUGACAAGAGAAAAUAUCGCGCAAACAAAGUGUAGAGCUGUGAUAGACAGUUAAAAUACGUGAAUUAUUAAGUGAGAACGCAUUAUUUUGUGACUGCAAAUAUGCCACUUCGUCGUAGUAAGGCAUUAGUAAAAUGGAUAUACGAGAACCAGCACAAGAUGCAAACGCUGCGACGAUGCAGUUCCACACUUCGGUACAAAGAGCUGGAAGAAAGCAGUGUCCCUUCACUCGAGCCCGUCGCUGAGGUGGCGCCCGCACACGAGCCCGCAACUAAGCCACGCCCACAACUCACACCCGACAUUUCCUUCAAGUUUGACGACUUACAAGUGACGUUGGCCGCGCCGUAUCAGCUCCAGAAGAAGCCAGAAGCGAUAGACCUGGGCUUCGGGAAGUACUUCACAGACCACAUGAUGAAAAUUAACUAUCACAGAGAGCUGGGCGGCUGGCAGAAGCCAGAGAUCUCUCCGUUCGAGCAUCUAUCGUUACACCCGGCUGCGAAAGCGCUGCAUUAUGCUGUUCAAUUGUUCGAAGGAUUGAAAGCUUACCGGGGGGUCGACGAUAAGAUACGGUUGUUCCGACCAGACCUGAAUAUGCAGAGGAUGAACCUGGCGGCACAGAGAUCUGGUCUCCCAAUGUUUGACGGGGAGGAGCUCAUCAAGUGCAUCACGAGGCUGGUUCAGAUAGACCAAGAAUGGGUGCCGCACUCCGAAACCUCGACACUGUAUAUACGACCCACGUUGAUUGGCACUGAGCCAACAUUUGGAAUUAUAGAGCCAGAGUCAGCAUUGUUGUUCGUGAUACUCAGUCCAGUGAGCGCGUACUACAAGACCAACUCGGACGGCGCUGUGUCCAUCUACGCGGACCCGAACGUGGUGCGGGCGUUUCCCGGCGGCGUCGGCAAUAGGAAAGUCGGAUCUAACUACGGACCCACUAUCGAGAUAACAUCCCGGGCGGCGAAACUGGGUCACCAACAAGUAUUAUGGCUGUUCGGACCGAACCACGAGCUCACAGAAGUCGGAGCCAUGAAUAUAUUUGUUGUUUAUAUCAAUGAAGAUGGCGACAAGCAGCUGAGCACGCCGCCGCUGAACGGUCUAAUACUGCCGGGAGUGACUCGACGAUCUAUACUAGAGCUGGCUGGAGAAUGGAAGGAGCUUACUGUCAAAGAGGAGGUGCUAACUAUGCAAAGAAUAGCUGACCUCAACCAACAAGGGCGGUUGCUAGAAAUGUUCGGCGCCGGUACUGCAGUGGUAGUAACGCCAAUCAGCAACGUUGGCUAUCUGGACACCAACAUCCCAGUGCCCACAAUGCAGCAGCACAACCCGGUGUACCAGCGGCUCAAGGACACCUUGCUGGCCAUCCAAUAUGGCCACAUAGAGCAUCCCUUCGCCAAGGUUAUCACGUAGUGAAUCCUGUGACUGAGUGACUUAAUAUUUGCUAUGUGCUAGUUGUGUAAAACAUAAACUUAUCUCCUUGUAAAUAUUUGUGUAAAGGCCUUAUGGUUGAUGUGUUUAUUGAAGCAAUGUUAUUGAACAAUGAGGCCAAAACAAUAGCGUAUAGUUUUAGGAAUCAUUCCUACACAUCGUCGAAAAUAAGUCGUUGGUACCGAAACACACAAACUAGAUGCUUCGUUGGAGGUGAAAACGCGUGUCGGUACGUAUUUUCGUCGUGUUUCACAUUUUAUGUAAAUCUUCAUAUUUUUCUUAGCUUUAUGGUUGUGAGUUAGGUGAAAUUGUGAAAGUGCUGCUAUAUUAUAUUAAGAAAAUAAUUAAAUAAUAAGUUUUAGAGGCAAAGCCUAAAGAAAGGUACAUAUUGGUUGUAACAAUUAUGGUAUUAAGAUUGCAAAUAUUUAGGUGCUUCUAAUUCUAGAAAUCUAAAUAAGAAGAUACUAGAAGUGACACCCCGCGUUAAAAAUAACGCCACAGACAAACAGCGAGUAAUUAACGAUGUAAUUAAUCGAAACUGCAUACGUGUAAGAAUGAGUCAUAAUAUGGUGUAUUGCAGUACUUGUAAGUGCGGAAAUUCUUCCACUACAAAGUAUUGCAUUUCAUCGCUAAGUUUUUCUGUUUCAGUAAGAUUAACUAAACUGCUGUUUUUUAAAUAAAAAAUAUAUUAUGGCGACAAUUUGUCACUUGGAGAUUCAUUUUCACUAGUAGAUUUAUUCUAAUUACUGCCGUCAUACCAUUGUUGCACAAGAGGACAGUCAUACCGCAAGGACUAAAGAGCUUAUUACAUUAUUCAAUCUGUAACGAAGUUAAAACAACUUUAAUUCAAUUUAGUGAGGUAGAUCUUACAUUUUCUUAACUUCUAAAUCAAUUCCAAUUUAGGAACGCAUUGCUACGAUUUAUUUGGCGUUCGUUCAUUGUUCAAGACGUCGUUUUCAUAUGAGACAGAUUUUUUUUUAAUGUAUCUAAACCUGGCACUUUCUCUUCUUAAUUCUUCUAAUGUCUAUUAUUAGAGCUAGGUCAAGCCCCAUCUUCUGAUGUCUUGACAAAUAAGGCACCUUCGGAACGUGCGGCCUAAUGUAAAAUUCUACUUCAGGAAUCUGAUUCGUCUGUCAAAUUUAGUCUAGUGUCAUCACUAGCACCCAGCUUGAUUGAAGAACAAUUGAUUACGACUUCUUCUGAUUAAAGCUCAACCCUUUACGAAGUAGCGGUAAUAUGUAAAAAAAAAUUGACAUUCGUAAAUGUCACUUCCUUGACCUAGAUAAAUAAAGUGAAUUUGAUUUCAUUUAAAGCAUAUCUAAUUAAAUUUCCUGCAGAUUGAAUAAUAUGUAAAGCUCUUUAGCAUUUGUAACAUAUCUUUUACCUCCUCAUUUAGAUUACUAUGGUUGAAAAGAUCGGCAAAAAUUCCUGUUACCAAUAUAACUAUGCAACUACGCUAUUUAGUAAAACUAUAACGUAAGACGGUUUAAGGUGUCGAUUUGAGUUUAGUUUUUUAAAAAAAGAGCAAAAUUGUGAAAGGCUCUUUAAAACACCAAACAGUUUUUUGAAUUUGUGUCAGUUUGUUUGUUUAUUAGUGCAUGCUAAUCUCAGAAUCCGCAAAACCGUUACAAAUGUUGUUGCACUGAUGUGAUCUUAUUUUAAUUGACGCAAACAAAAAAUGAGUUAAAGUUUUAAGAAAACAAUAAUUAAACCUUCGUUCAUUGAGAUAAUGCACCGAAGUAAAUAGAAGCAAAGUCUCGGGCGCUUGCUGCUAAGUCUCUUAGAUGUAUUCCACCAGUGCUUCUUAUAACUUAACAGUGGUUUUAUUGAAUAUUGUGAACUGCCAACUAUUUAACUAAGUGUUAAUUUUAUGUUUCUAACGAUCGGUUUUUACUUAAGCUGUAACCAAGGACGCACUGGUUUAUUGUAAGAUAUGUAAAUUGUAUAUCUAAGUAUGAUACAUUUAUCAUACUUAGAUAUACGCUCCAUUGAGCGAAAAUACAAUUACGCUUUAAAUAAAUAAAAUAAUGUGAAAUGAACACACACGCCCGCUUCCUUCUUUGAUAUUCUAAGGCCUAUUUAUUGCUGUUGAUCAAAACGAUAGUUUAGUAGAAGCUCGGAGAAUUGCCAUCACUAAUGUGGGAAUAGUAUUGCCAAUCUCUUGCGCUCCCUCGCACGACUGAGUGGGGCACUUAUAGUGAUGUGGCGUCUCACUGUCGAUAAUUACGAUAUAACUUCUUCCCUUUUAUAAUUAGAAAACUUAUUUGUUUUAGGAAAUUAAUUUAAUGUUGAUUUCAGAUGAUAAUGUACAUUCACGGAUAUGUACAACUUUUUAGGGGGACUAUUUUACUAUUAUCAGAAACAACCAAACCGCUUACACGUAAUACAUUAUCAAAAAAUGAAUAUCCACAUGAACACGUUGCGUUAAAUGUGACGCAUCGUUUUAACCAGUUUAUUUUUUAAUCAUUGAAAGUUAUAUCUGAUGUAUCUAAGUAUUAGUUAAAAUCAUAGAUGUAGAAUACGACGUUAGAAAAUCUAGUGAAAUAAUUUGUUUUUAUGAUUUUUUUGUAAUAUAUAACUAUGAUUAAUUGUGAAUAGAGGCUAAAAAUUUCUAACGGUUAGUCAGUCUUUUCGUACAUUAAUUUAGAACAUUUUACAGCGAUUAUGGUGGGUUCCUGAGCUAUUUAAGCGCGGGUACUGUAACUUGUAAAUGUAUUAUAAACAAAGCUAACUGCUUUUCUAAGUUAUAUUAUAAAUGUAUUUAUUGUUACGAAUCACUGGUUGCUUUUCGAUCUGAAUUAAGUCCAACAUACGUAAUUAUUAGAUAAUUUUAAAAUAUUAGACAAUAUUAUUACGCUCAUCUCUCAAAAGUGAACCGAAAUGUAAUAGAUAAUUCUAGUCUAAGAAUAUACACGAAUUUAAGUUAUUAUUUACAUUAUAUGUAUUUAUCUGUUGAA